AUGUAUAUGAUUCUUGGCCUGCCCCUUACAAUUCUUGCACUUGUCUUUACACGCGUUCAUGCACUUCUUUCACACACACGCAAGAAAUUUAUUGAGAGCCAGAAUGAGCAGAUUGGUACUUUGAAGACUAUUGAUCUCUCUCAUAAUUAUUUGAGCUCAAUCCCAGAUGGGUUCAUCACUGAUUGUGGAGAGAUCAGUGGAUUGAAAUUGUUGAAUUUUAGUGUGAAUCGAUUGGUUGGUUCUUUGCCUAAUUUCACUGGUUUUAGGAUGACGGAGCACAUGGAAAGUCGGACAAAAAGCAUUGAACCACCCGCAAUGAGUUAUUCUCAGGCAAUUUGGAAACCACAUUGCUUAGCAAAGAGGCUUGUCCCAAACAGCAACUGCCUCCACAUCUUCGGCAGCGAGAUCUCCCUCUGUGCGCCUUACCUGAGCAGCCACCACCUUCCCAUGUCAUCAAAACUCACUGCACCGAUGGUAACUUACGCAGAACCUGCCUACGCAGCUGCGUCCUUAUUCAACCUCAACUUCAAUUCCUUGUGCUCACGUGACAGAGCAUCUUCUUAA